AGCCCGGAAGCACGCACGUGCGAGCCGGCGAGCAUUAUGGCGGCCACCCGUCUCCUCGGGGCGUCCAGGAUGUGGGCCGGCCGUCGACUCCAGGCCCUCCCGCUCCCCGGAGGACCUGGAGCACUCUCUGUACGGGACUACGCCAAGAAGCCAGUCAUGAAGGGCACCAAAGGCGCCAAGGGCAGUGUGGCCCCUGAGGCCCUGAAGGACCCCGAGGUGUGCACAGACCCUGUCCAGCUAACCACGCACGCCAUGGGCGUCAACAUCUACAAAGAAGGCCAGGACGUGGCCCUGAAGCCGGACUCGGAGUACCCCGAGUGGCUAUUCCAGAUGAACUUGGGUCCCCCGAAAAAGCUGGAGGAGCUGGAACCCGAGUCCCACGAGUACUGGCGACUGCUGCGCAAACAGAACAUCUGGCGUCACAACCGCCUGAGCAGGAACAAGAAGCUGUAGUGUGAGGAGGGAGCAUCUCACGGGAAGGUGCCCGGCCGGCCAGCGAGAGGGCUCGGCGGGGAAAGGUGCUUGCCACCCAGCUUGAAGACCUGAGUUCAAUCCCCGAACUCUGAUGGAGGAAGGAGGGAACUGAUCCUGUAAACUGUCAACCUCCAUAUGUGCACCUUGGCGAGUGCAGGCCAUGUGCACAGACACACACACGCACGCACGCACACACACUAAAUAAACAGAUACAAAAGUAAGUGAAUAAAGGCACCUGUGGCGAUGGA